AUGGCGCCAGGUAGUCCGCGCAAGUCAAUUGACAGUCUAGCAUCUGGUGCAUCAACACCAUCUAUCUCACACUUUUCAGCUUCAGCUUCGCAGCUUGAGUCUCCCCGAAUUCCCUCUCAACGGUACCCCCUGAGGAGGGGAUCCACGGCGAGCUCAAUUGUGAGCAUUGGAGGAGUCCUAGAUACCGCACAGCACCAUGGAUCUAUUGCAGAAUCUGGGAACAAUGCGAUCUCGACUCUCCUUCAACCACCAAUCGUUCGUACCGGCCUUACCCCCCAUACUGCUGUGUCGUCCACUGGAUACAAACCUCCAUCAUCCCGCGAUAUCCCACCAGUGACCCUGACCAACAUUACCCACGUGGAUGCAAAGCAAUUUCAGUCCUACAUCUCGCAAGUCGGUGCCCUCUACGAUGUGUUCCAGCAAGCCAAGGACAGCACGAGGGAGGAGAGCCAAGCGCCCUCGGAAGCCAAAUCACCCAAGCCAGAGGAUAUGGAGUCCCUGAUGCCAUGGAGCCCCGAGCGAAGAUCUUCAGUCAUGUCAACCAGUUCACGGCCAACUUCGCCAUAUGAUCCCCGAGGUCGUCGACCCUCUGGUUUCCGUGGCCGUGGUCCUGCCGUAACGCCACUUUCCACAAUCCCACCUGUUUAUUUUGAAGAAGACUUUCACCUUGAAAACCCAAGGACCUUUGACGUGAUAUCAGAAAAAUCGGAGGUUGUCCGACCGCCGAGGCCGCCAGUGAAGGAUGAUGAGAAUACCAUUACAGUUGCAACGGAGCCACUUAACACAAGAAGAAAGGCAUUGGCAUCAAAUGCGAUUCUUCAGGAGAAGCUUUCAUGGUAUAUGGAUACUGUUGAGAUUCAUCUCAUCUCAUCUAUCUCGACUGCCUCCAAAUCAUUCUUCACGGCAUUGGGCUCUUUGCGAGAGUUACAUGCCGAGGCUGCUGAUUCAGUAAAACGCAUACAGGUCCUCCGCCGUGACUUACAAAAAAUUGACAAGGAGAUGGCGCUAGGCGGCCUCAAAAUUGUCAACUUGCGAAGACGAAGAGAGAAUGUACGGAUGCUGGCCGCUGCAGUGGCCCAACUACGUGAUGUAGUCGAUUCUGUAUCUCGCUGCGAAGAGCUAGUCGAACAAGGAAACAUUGAGGUCGCUUCAGACGAACUUGAAGAAGUAGAGAAACUAAUGAGCGGCAAGAAAACAUCCAGUCGCCCCGCCGAAGAGAACGAAGGCGAUAUCCCGCGCCAGGCUAUUGAUCUCCGAGGACUCAAGGCCCUCCAGGGAGCAUCGGACGACCUUUCACAGCUGAAAGAACGAAUCGGGAUGGGUUAUGAAACACGUUUUCUCAAUGAUCUACUGGGAGAUCUACGUGAUCACGUUCAAAGUGUUUCUGCCAGUGUAACUUUAGCCCGCUGGGGAUCUUCCUUUAUGCGACAGCGUGGUGGUCAACGCCCUGCAUCGAUGGUUUCUCCAUCGUAUAUGACGUUUGAUAAUAAACUACGGACUCAAUUGGAAGCGCAGCUCAACGGGUUGGCAAGAGCCCACUUCACAACCCCUGCAGCAACAUCAUUUAAGACUGCUGUCUUGCGAGAGAUGAAAGGCCUUAUCCGAAAGCAUUUACCUAGCUCCAGCGAUGACGAUAAUGAGUCCAUGGUCUCAAUUUCUACACAUGGUGGGCCCCAACGGAGCCAACAAGAGAAGUCAACGCUUCUUGCCCGUAAUCUUCGUGCACUUGACUCGGCUGACGCUUACGCGAUGCUUGCCAGUGUCUAUACUGGCAUCAGUGAAUGUCUGCGUCGAUUAAGUGUUCAGGUCAAAAUCCUUCUGGAUAUAGCAAGCGGUCUUGGAAACCAUCAUGCGGUAGGCAUUAAAUCCCCACCUCGAAGUCCAAACCCGCAGAGCUUGGACAAGGCUAUGGAAAGUAUACAAUCAGCAUCUGCUAUGGCCCAGGACGAGAUUUUGCAGGUCCUAGACAUGUCUAGCCUUCUUGGUCAAGCUGUAGACAUUGCCCAGUCUCAAAUCACGAAGGUUCUGAAGGUUCGAUCGGAGCAGACAGCACAACUCUCAAAGGAGGACUUCUUGAAGUAUUUCACCCUCAAUCGUCUCUUUGCCGACGAGUGUGAGGCAAUUUCCGGACGCGGUGGUACUGCUCUGAAGACACUUGUUGGUAACCAAAUUCGGGACUUCAUCACUCGCUUUGGUGAGUCUCAACGACACCUCAUUGUUAAGGUCAUGGAUGCGGAUCGUUGGGAUGCCCGGGACUUCGGUGAUUCUGAAGUCACAACUCUCACCCGGAUUCUGGAUGCAAGCACCAAAGACAUCGACGCAUGGGUGGAGGUUUCCAAAAUUUGGCUGCCAAAUAGCGAGAAUGAUCAGAGCAAAUCUUCAGCGGCAGCAGAAGGUGUUGCCGCCAACGGAUCUGGCAAGGAGAAGGUUCGCAGCGCUGUGAUCGACGAGCAAAAAUACAUUUUGCCAGACUCAGCUUUGGCCACCAUGCGCAGUAUUGAGGAAUUUGAAUUCCUCAUGGCGAAUAUGCCCAGUGUGAUCCAGGAUAUUGCGUCUCAGCUGCUGGAAGUCCUGAAGCUUUUCAACUCUCGCUCUUCACAGCUGAUUCUUGGUGCUGGUGCCACGCGCAGUGCAGGCCUAAAAAAUAUUACCACCAAGCAUCUUGCACUUUCAUCACAAGCACUCAGCUUUAUCAGUGCUUUGGUGCCUUAUGUGCGAGAAUUUGUCCGGCGCCAUGGACAAGGGAACCAAAUCAUGGGAGAAUUUGACAAAGUCAAGCGAUUGUGCCAGGAACAUCAAAGUGGUAUCCACGAGAAACUGGUAGAUAUCAUGAGUUCACGCUCAUCAACUCAUAUCAACGCUAUGAAGAAGAUCGACUGGGAUGCGGAUGGCCCUACCGCCGUUCAUUCCUACAUGGAGACUUUAGCUAAGGAAACCGGCACUCUCCAUAGAGUGCUCAGCAAGCAUCUACCCGACAUGACUGUUGAUAUGAUCAUGAUUCCUGUAUUCAAAAAUUACCGAAACCAAUGGGUGAAAGCCUUUGAUGAGGCGAAUGUUGAGUCAGAGGCUGGAAAAAUGCGGAUGAAAAAUGACAUAGAGCAUUUCCGAACCAAGCUGAGCAAGAUCGAGGGUGCAGACGAUCUGGGCAAGAAGCUACUCGACCUUGUACAAGCAAAGCACAUCACUGUUAUUGAAGCUACACCUACACCUGCAACUACACCCCCAGCUACAACUGCAACCGAGUCUGAGUCCACAAGUGAGACUGCAACUCAAAACUCAAAUGAAGCAGAGUGA